GGGCUACCAGGGCUCUUCGGGCUACCAGGUCUCUGAGGGCUACCAGGUUAUUGAGGGCUACCAGGGCUCUCAUAGAAGGCAAUGAGUAUGUCUAAGACCCCAUCCACCACGUCUGCAGCCUCUGUAACCUCGGCAACGUCUGCAGCCUCUGUAACCUCGGCAACGUCUGCAGCCUCUACAGACAGCAAAGGUGGUAAAUCGUCCCAGAAGUCCUCAGCAUCGGGUUCGGAUUCGGCUCCCAAGAAGGUGUCUAAGAAAGAGCAGAAGAGACAGGACAUGGAGAAGAUACACACCACCCUGCUCUGCAGCGUGUUUGGAGCGGAGAGAGAGUUGGCUCAAGCUGAGUUGGAUGAGCUGGACUUUGCCUUCAAGGAGUUUGACUACGACUGCGAUGGCUACCUGAACUACAAGGACGUGGCAGAGUGUAUGAGGACCAUGGGCUACAUGCCCACUGAGAUGGAGCUUCUGGAAAUAGUACAACAGAUUAAGAUGAGGAUGGGUGGUCUGAUGGACUUUGAUGACUUCUGUGAGCUAAUGGGUCCCAGGAUAAUGGGGGAGACUGUUGACAUGCUGGGGCUGAAGGAGCUCAGAUCAGCCUUCUCUCAGUUUGACCAAGACUGUGAUGGGAAAAUCAGUCAGGAUGAGAUGAAGGAAGCGGUGAAGUGUUUUCUGGGGGAGAAACUGAAGAAAGGAGAGCUGGAAGAUAUCCUCAAGGAGAUUGACAUCAAUGGAGAUGGAAGCGUCGACUUUGACGAGUUCGUCAUGAUUCUGUCCAUUCGAUAAGCGCUGGAAGACCUGAGAGGACGCUAUCGUUUUAAUGAAUCUUGUUAGACUCAGACGAGAUAACAUUGUACGUGUGUAUUACUACACAUGUACUACCGUUUAAAAGUUUGGGGUCACUUAGAAAUGUACAUGUUUUUGAAAGAAAAGCAUUUUUUUGUCCAUUAAAAUAACAUGAAAUUGAUCAGAAAUAGAGUGUAGACAUUGUUGAUGUUGUAAAUGACUAUUGUAGUUGGAAACGGCUGAUUUUUAAUGGAAUAUCUACAUAGGCGUACAAAGGCCCACUAUCCGCAACCAUCACUCCUGUGUUCCAAUGGCACAUUGUGUUAGCUAAUCCAAGUUUGUCAUUUUAAAAGGCUAAUUGAUCAUUAGAAAAACAUUUUGUAAUUAUGUUAGCACAGCUGAAAACUGUUGUUCUGAUUAAAGAAGCAAUACAAUUGGCCUUCAUUAGACUAGUUGAGUAUCUGGAGCGUCAGCAUUUGUGGGUUCAAUUACAGGCACAGAAUCGCCAGAAACAAUAACUUUCUUCUGAAACUCGUUAGUCUAUUCUUGUUCUGAGAAAUGAAUGCCAUUCCAUGCGAGAAA